AUGACCAUGAACCCGCUUGACCCAUCGUCCUAUCCUCAGCGCUCAGCGCUUCUGUCCACAGGCAGGACCUACCACUUCGUCGACACAGGCUCGCCAUCUCCAUCUGCACCAACUUUCCUCUGUGUUCAUGGCUUCCCCGACAGCUGGUACGGCUACCGCUACCAGAUCCCUCACUGGGCGAAGGUUGCCCGUGUGAUUGUACCGGACAUGCUUGGUUACGGCGGGACGGAUAAGCCGGCCGAUGCGAGCGAGUACAGCUCGAAGAAGCUUGUAGCGGACUUAACCGCUCUACUUGAUCUCCUGGAAGUACCGCAGGCUAUCGUCAUAGGGCACGACUGGGGAGCACUGAUCUCUAGCCGGUUUGCGCUGUGGGCCCCGGAUCGACUAAAGGCACUGAUACUAUUGUCCGUUCCUUAUCCGCCGCCGCGGAAUGCAUAUAUUCCUCUUGAACAGAUUGUCAAGAUUGAGCCGGUGUUCUCGUACCAGGCGUAUUUCGCCGACCCGUCCUCUACCAAGGAGAUCGAAGCUGAUCAUGCAAAGUUCUUUGACGCAAUGUACAGUCGCUGGAAGCCAAGCGCACACCCGAUGCUAGGCAACAACAUGCGCGAUAUCGUUCUCGGGAAAAUCGAAGGCAAGCCAGCAAAAGAGCCAUUUGUCUCCGAUACCGAGAUCGCGUAUACACGAGCGCAGAUGGUCGACAUGAAUGGACCGUUGAACUACUACCGGACGACGAAGUAUCGGUAUGACGAGGAAGCGGCCGCUGAACUGUACAAGCGCGGCACCUUGCCAGAAGACCUCCCGGUGCUCUUCAUGUACGGGAGCGCCGAUCUCACUGCUACGCCGAAUAGGCACGCGGGAAUGCGCAAACACAUUCCUAAGCUAACUGAGGUGACGCUGGAAGGAAUCGGUCACUGGGUGAUGUUACAGGCUCGGGAUGAGGUGACGACAAAAGUGCAGGGAUGGUUGGAGGAGCAAGGGCUUCUCGCGACGGCGCCUGCCAAACUCUAG